AUUGUUAAGCCUGCAUUUCCUAAAUAUUUAAAUAGUGAAUUUGCUAUGGGAAAAAUUUUUAUGCCUGUUUUAUGUAUUUUCAGUUGCAAGAAGCAGACACCCAACAAGAUGUAAACAAUGCCUUUGCAGAAUGUUCAGACUGGCGUGUUGAAAUUGAUGGCCUACCAUCAUCUCUUAAACUAGAGAAUAAAGACCUUUUUGUGAAAGAAGUCAUAGAAUACUUUGUUGUGAUCAAAUGCAAGCCGAUGUUUGAUCAGCUGCUUGAUGGGUUGAAAUAUUACAAUGUGUUGGAACUACUUAGAGCACAUAAAGGCAUGGCACAACACGUUUUCAUGUAUGACCCAGAUGAUAAACUGGAUGUGAAAAAGCUGCUUAAAAUUUUAAAACCAAAUUUAGCACCAAUUGGAAAUAUAAGGAGGCAAUCAGAGGAAAUAGUGAUGGCAAAAUUUAUUUCAUUUCUAAAGGCCGCAGAAGGAGGUACAUUAUUGCAAGAAUUGGCUGAUGAAGAAAUUGAGCUGACUGAAGACGAAAAAAAGUAUAUUCCAUCGGUAACACCAAGCCACAUGUUAAUGUUUACAACUGGUGCAGCAAAUGUCCCUUCAACUGGCUUUGAACCAAAACCUUCAAUUGUUUUUGUUCAUGAUGACAAGAAAAUGAUUCCAAGUGCACAGACAUGCUCUAACACGCUUAAUAUUUAUGUAAAUGAACACACACAAAAGGGCAAGCUCUUGCACUAUCUCUUGAUUGCAUUGAUGAAUGGAGCCAUUUUUUCAAAACUAUAAUAAAAUUGGUGCAACUGAAAUAUUACUUUAAUAUUACUUUAUGGUAUGUGAUUAGUAAAACAUUCAACAUUGAUUAAGCAAGUAAUUGUGUUCUCAUUAUGGGCACUGUCAUGCUUGUUGUGUAUAUUACACUUUUUACAGUUUUUGAAAAAUUUGUUGACUGAAUAAACCUUGAGCACUUUUAUGUAUUUUUAA